UCUUCUCCAAGGUCCCACCCCCUGCGCGCCGUGCACCUUUCCAGCCGCUGCGCGUGGCUGUGUAUGUGGGUCUCUCAUGGCUGCCUCGGGGAAGCUCGGCACUUUCCGCCUUCCCCCGUUGCCCACCAUUCGGGAGAUCAUUAAGUUGUUCGGACUGCGAGCGGUGAAACAGCUUUCCCAGAAUUUCCUCCUGGACUUGAGGCUGACAGACAAGAUUGUAAGGAAAGCUGGCAGUCUAGCAGAUGUUUAUGUUUAUGAAGUGGGUCCUGGGCCCGGGGGAAUCACAAGAUCCAUCCUGAAUGCCAACGUUGCUGAGCUUCUGGUGGUUGAAAAGGACACUCGCUUUAUCCCAGGGUUACAGAUGCUCUCUGAUGCAGCACCUGGAAAACUCCGAAUUGUUCAUGGAGAUGUGCUGACAUACAAGAUAGAAAAGGCUUUUCCAGGCAACAUUAGAAGACAGUGGGAAGAUGAUCCUCCAAAUGUACACAUUAUUGGAAAUCUACCUUUUAGUGUUUCAACUCCACUGAUUAUCAAGUGGCUUGAAAAUAUUUCUCUUAAAGAUGGCCCUUUCGUUUAUGGCAGAACUAAGAUGACGUUAACGUUUCAAAAGGAAGUGGCUGAGAGACUUGUAGCCACUACAGGAAGCAAACAGCACAGUCGCCUUUCCAUUAUGGCCCAGUACCUCUGCAAUGUUGAACACCUCUUUACAAUCCCAGGAAAAGCUUUUGUUCCCAAACCAAAACAUGCAUUCAUUCAGCCAGCUGCUUUGUUUCUGCCUUUAAAGUGGCUCAGAGCCUCUCCUGCUUUGCUGUGCCUCAGCAGUAUAGCAGUUCAGCCCUGCCAUGGGGAAGACUUCUGUCCACCUCAUCAUAGCAAGGCUCCUGAGCCAGGAGUGAACAGGUGAACAGGAGUGAUCCUCGCAGUGCAGGACAGUUGCUGACUGAGCUCUCUGCCAGUGAGUGUUGGAGUUCUGCCAUUUAGUAUUACAUUUGUGAAUAAGAAUUUUCUUUCAGCCUGAUGCAAUGCCAACCUAACUAGGUACCAGAAAUUAUAUUAUUCAAACUCUAGAAGUCUGUUAGCUUACAGGGAAUGCUCUUAUAGUUCUGUAGCAUUUUAGACCUUUACGUUUCCAAGCACUAACUGGAUCGCAAAGAAAUGAGAUUAAGCAGUAAGGAUGAAGUCUACUUAAAAAAUCCAAGAAUACCUUUGUGAGUGGCAGCUUCAUACAGGAAGAUCAGUGCAUCUUUCCCUGAACUUGUACCUUUAAUCUUAGUAGCAUCUGGAUCUUAUAGUAUUUUGACACUUUCAUAGUCCCAGGUUGGAUGAAAGCUAAAUUUUAUCUCAUGCUGUUUUUUGAUUGUUUGGGUUUUGAUUAGUUUUUUAAUUUGUUUGGGUUUUGCUGAAAAGUAACUUGAGACCACUGAAUUGUUGAAUGUACUGAGACUACAAAAGAACUUAAUAGAGUUAACUGUGUAUUUGGGAGAAAUGGGUGAAAAACACUGGAGAUGAUUCAAGAAGGUGGCUGAAAGAGAGGCAGGGCAGGAAUCCAGAGAGGGUAAAUGUUGUAAGGUACAGGGGGGUCACAGAAUGACAUCAUAGGGUGAAGUAUAGAAGAUGCUCUAGGACCUUGCCAGAGUGACAAAGAUUGCAUGUCAGAGUUUGUGGAGAGUCUUUGACAUUUAGUCACUAUGGUACACCUUGGCUGCUGCUCUUUCCCAACGUACGGACCUUGUUUCUUCCAGAGAGUACCCUAAGAGUGAACCAGCUUUUCUUUUUACCAGCAUUCUAAACCUCAUGCUAUUUCCACAACUCCCUCUUUACGACUCUCUGUAACUACAAACCACCUCAUUUUUGUUUUGUGCAGGUCUAAGAGUCUUACAGGAAGUAUAUGUUAACGAGGAAUUGACAGAGCAACUUAAGUAACACAGUUGAAACAUGUUAUUAAAUGUUAUUAAGGAGGGAGGGUGCGGAAGAGAAAGUUAUUAAAAACAUUUAAUGUUGUACUUAGUUAUUCACCAUAAUAAUCUGUUCACCAUAAUAAUCAUCAAAGAAGUCUAAAGUUUGUUAAACAUUUAGGAGCCUGUUGGUUUAGAAAGGCCCUCCCAUGGACAGUUUCACUCUUGUGUGUCCAAUCACACUGCCCCUGUGGUCAAAGAUCUACUGCCAAUUACAGCCGAUUGGUAUAGCUGCAUGUUGAACUGGAUCAGUAGUGUUCACUGAGAGAGGAAGCUCCUAGCCGGUUGGCGAGGCAUUUCAGACUGUGGAAACACUGCUGUGGUGCCCAGGGAGCCUAGUCACCUGAGGCUUGUCUUCUCUGUUCUUCCAGGUCUUACAUCUUAGCUUCUAGCCUCUUACCCCCCCCCCCAACACACACACUUAAAACAAACCAGUGUGAAAGGAGUUAUGCAACCACAGGACUUUGGAAAACAAGCUAUCCUAAGAGAUGAUGAUGCCAGAAUGGGACUGGGGAACAAGACCUUCUUUUGAAAAGCAGCAACACCUCCCACACUACCUAAAUUGUUGUGCUUUCUUUGCCUCUGGAGCAAAUUAACAAUGCCCGAGGCCAGUGUUUUACUCAGCUAGAGGCUUCACCUUGUAUAACCUGUUGGGCAUCUCGAUGGUGCUCACCAGGGCUGUGUUGAACCCAUUCCUCCCUAUCUUCACAUUUUUCCUGUUAUAGUGAUAAUUCUCAAUGAUUCAUUCCUAAUAGUCCAUUUUUGAAAGAGGCCAGAGGUAAAUCUUUUACCACAUGUUUGAAACGCUAGUUGUCUGGUAAUUACACCACCUCAACAGCUGGUAGCAGCGUAAACAUUGUCCAACAGUGACAUGUUAAAUCAGUCCAGCCUCUACCUCCUGGUGCAUGUAAAGUUGCUACUGAAAGUUCUGGGCCUGUGUGGUCUCUGCACAUGAAUUCGGCCCAGCUGAGCAGUCAGCAUCUGUACCUAAAAUGGCUGUUGUCCUAGUCAUCUCUUGUAGUCCUUGGGAAUCCCUGCCCCAUAGCCAGCACUGCUACUGCAGUUUGUAUUACUCUCGAAAAGCUAGAAUGCCCACCGCCAACUCACACCUGCCUACUGGCCUUGACAGUUAUCCAGAUAGGCUUUCAAGGUCAUUGAAUUCUACAUUUUGAAGUAGUGACCAUCAGGCUCUGGUCUAGUGGCCACCAUUAUAGAUAGUUAGAACUAGCUGGGAUUUCUGUAACCAUCCAAAACUUAGCUUCUUGUGAACGCAGAGAAAAUCGAGGCAUUGAAGGGUUCAUGAGAAGCACUAGAGAGCCCAUGCUCCUGUGGAAGGCAAGUGACAGAGCGUGGGGUGAGAACAUCUAUUUGCCAGACAUGCAAGAAGCCCUCGAUUUGAUCGUCAAGACUGGGAAAAGAGGGCUGGUGAGAUGGCUCAGUGGGUUAGAGCACCCGACUGCUCUUCCAAAGGUCCAGAGUUCAAAUC